AUGGACUUUGAAGUCGGGACCGAGAAGAGACUCUUGCAGUUGAAAGAGUUAGAUGAGUUCAGGCUGCACUAUUAUGAAAAUGCUAAGCUUUACAAAGAGAAAACGAAAGAUGGCAUGACAAGCGCUCAAGUUGUUUCCUGGGAAGCUAAAAUCAAGAUGGUCAGGCCAUUUGAGGUGGUAAGAGUCACUCCUUAUGGUGCAAUUGAGUUGCACACUUUAGAUGGUGAAAGAAAAUUUUUAGUGAAUGGACACAGAGUCAAGCACUAUUGGGGAGGAAUCACUGAUCGUGAGAAGACCAAAGUAAUACUCGUUGAUGAGUAA